GUGAAAGGCGCUGGGCGGGGCCUCAAGCAUGUGCCUCGAGCUCUACUAACAGACCGCAUUAGUUCCUCUCCUGUUAUCAGAGCGUGGUUCUGGAGCAGACGUGAGUGUUGGCUGCUGCGUGUUGGUUUAUCUGCGACCUUGAGGCUAAAGUGCACCGUUCUUUAGCCCGAAUGCAGCCGAAGAAUGACCGACGGAGCGGGCGUUAGUGUGCGCAGCCGCAGUCUCAAGAGCCCCCUCAUUAUCAUGACCUCAAACCAGAAGUGACAUCUGUCAAAAACAAACAGCAGGAUGGAGGGCCAGAGCAUCCUCUACAACCUUUCCGUCAGGAUGGAGGACGAGUCAGACUCUGUCCCCUCCACCAUGUCCAUAGACAAGCUGCUCCCAGCUCUCCUGGAGUGCUUUGGGAUCAUCUUGUGUGGGUACAUCGCAGGGAGGACCAACAUCAUCACAAACACCCAGGCCAAAGGACUGGGAAACUUUGUGUCCAAGUUUGCCCUCCCGGCCCUGCUGUUCAAGAACAUGGUGCUGCUGGACUUCAGCGACGUCAUCUGGCCCUUCCUGUGGAGCAUCCUCAUCGCCAAAGUCUCUGUGUUUUGCAUCGUGUGUGUUCUCACCCUGAUAGUUGCCAAUCCUGACAGUCGGUACAGCAAGGCCGGGCUCUUCUCUAUAUUCGCUACACAAAGCAAUGACUUCGCACUGGGGUAUCCCAUAGUUGAAGCCCUCUACAAGAGCACACAUCCAGAGUACCUCCAGUACAUCUACCUGGUAGCACCUGUGUCCCUGAUGCUGCUAAACCCCAUCGGCUUCGCCCUCUGUGAGAUCCAGAAGUGGAAGAACCAGGAAAACCAAGAGCAGCAGAGCAAAUUACGGAUCCUGGGACUUGUAGUUCUGCAGGUUCUGAAGAACCCGAUUGUGUUCAUGGUUGUCAUUGGGAUCAUCGCCCACUUUGUCCUACACCAAACCAUCCCCGCCUUCAUGGCUGAGUUUAUUGACGGCUUGGCCAACUCUUUUGGGGGAGCAGCGCUGUUCUACCUGGGUCUGUCCAUGGUGGGACAGUUGAGGAAAUUAGCCAGAUCCACGAUUGUGACACUGAUCUUGCUUAUUACAGCAAAAUUGCUGUUGAUGCCUCUCAUCUGCAAGGAUAUGGUGGAUCUGCUGGACAACAACAGCACCGAUGCCGUGAACCAAUCCAGCCUCUCUGAUUACGCUUUCCUUUACGGAGUCUUCCCCACGGCUCCAAGCGUGGCCAUCUAUGCUGUUUAUUAUAACGCAGAACUGCAAGUGGUGACCUCUGGGAUGGUGAUCAGCACUUUCCUCUCAGCUCCUAUCAUGUAUGUUUCAGCCUGGUUGCUGACGGUGAAAAGGAUGGAUACCCAGCUGGUGAUGAACUCGUUACUGAGUGUCAGCUUUAAUAUGAGCAUUGUGAGCUUAUUCGCACUGGUGUGGACAAUUACUGUCAUGUUUUUAAGUAAAAAAUAUAAGAGACUACCUCACAUGUUCACUGUCAACCUCUUUCUUGCACAGUUGCUAACUUCCAUUGGGAUGAUUUUGUGGAACUUUGUGGUGAAAGAAGGCAACUUCAUCGGGCAGAUUCUGACUUUCACCCUGUUAUGCACCUCACUCUACAGUACUUACAUGUGGCCAGGUAUCAACUCCUAACAAUCAAGCCUUUCUUAGCUGUCCUGUUGAGCUGU